AUGCAGCCUUACGAUGGAACUACGGAUCCUAAAGAGCACGUAACACAAUGUCGAGAAAGGAUAGAGAUCAUUCCCAUCCUAGUGCACUUGAAGGAAGCUUGCCUAUGCAAAGGAUUUGGUUCAACCUUUACGGGAUCAGCUCUUAAAUGGCUGUUAAAAGUUCCUCCAUAUUUUAUUACUUCAUUUUCACACUUAGUCAAUAUUUUCAAUAACCAGUUUUCAUGUAGCAGAACCUUCGAGAAGAUCACUAGUGAUCUCUAUCGGGUGGUUCAGGAUCCUAAUGAACGACUUAGGGAUUUUGUUAACAGGUUUGGUAGGGAAGCUCUAAGCAUCCCCAGCAUUGACAUUGUGACUGCUGUAGAUGCCUUCAACAUGGGUCUAAAGAAGGAUUCAUCCUUCUAUGAAGAUCUUUUGAUGACCUCAUGCAAGAGAUUGGACAAAGUUAGGUGCCGAGCAUUGAGGUUCAUAGGGCUUGAAGAGGAUAAAGAAAGCCAGAAGAGGAGCAACCCUUCAAGUCAAUACGAGAAUCCUAAUAAGAAGGUCGAAUCCUUAGCCCCAAGAUCCUACAAAUCGAAUCCCUAUUCCAAAUCGGACCAUCACAGGGUUAAUGCCCUCGAAGAUGAAGGAGAGGAAUAUGAACUUCCUAAGAUCACUGACUAUUAUUUUCCUAUGGAUGUUUCAGGUUUAAUCCAUGCUAUGCAGGAUCUUGUAGAUAAGGCAAGGUGGCCAAAGAAGGAUAACAAGUCCACCAGUUGGAAAGACAAGUCCAAAUGGUGUGCUUACCACGAAGAUUUCGGUCACAUGACGUAG